CAGGAAUAUAUGGUCCAGACUCGGGAGAAGAGCAAAUCAGUAACUAUGUCAUAUCUUCAUAUAUACCUACACUCUCCACACUACUCGAUCAACCUAAACCUUCCGUUAGCUCUUCUUUCAGCCUGUUAUCAGUCAUCCAGUCAUCAGCUCCAGGUGCAUCGUCUAUUCCCAACACCAAGCAAGAGCUGGGACAUAUACACCAAUGGCUUGCAGGUCGAGAUCAUGUCGUACUUGAAGGUUCGGCAGGUACAAAGAGACGGGUGAUGAAGAGUAUGGAGGAGUGCAACUGGAUCCAUCUCGCGUGUCAUGGUAUCCAGAGACCCGACGAGCCGACGAAAAGUGCGCUCUUGCUCGAUGAUGGUCAUCUUACCCUUGAGGAAAUCAUCAAGCUUGACCUUCCCCAGGCGGAGUUUGCGUUCCUGUCGGCAUGCCAGACGACGACUGGGGAUGAAAACCUGUCGGAAGAAGCGGUUCACAUCGCCGGUGGAAUGCUGUUAGCUGGUUAUCGCGGGGUGGUAGCGACAAUGUGGUCGAUUCAGGACGAACUCGCGCCUAUGGUGACGGAUGAGUUCUAUCGACAUAUCAUGGAAGAAGGAAAGAGACCUGACCCUAGGAAAGCGGCAGAGGCGUUGCAUAUGUCAGUUCAAAAGCUUCGCCAACAGCCAGGGGUUCACCUCACAGACUGGAUUCCAUUCGUUCAUCUUGGCGUUUAA